AUGGGCAGAAAGAAGGGAAGUGAAAGAAAAAAACAAGCAAUUGGAUCUAAUAUCGGUAAAAAGAAAUGUCUUCCUACAUACAAAGCUAAAAAGCAGCAACGGUUAAGAAAGCUGAAAGAUUUAUCAUCAAUUCUGCGACCAAAAGCGUAUAAGAAGAUUGAAAAUGGAAAAAGUAAUGCAAUGCGGAUCCGGUUAGCUGCAAAUACAAAAUAUCAUAUAGACCCAGCUGCCGGAUACAGCAGUAUAAUAAAGCUUUACAUAGAUGCCGAGAAGUCCGAUAAGGCGAAGGAUAAUCUCGAUGAAAAACUGCGAAAAAUCGAAUUAAUGAAACCAUUGUUACCACCAAAAAUAAUCAAAGAUCGUAUGCUGAAGAUGGCCUUGCAAAACUUGAAAUCAAAAACAUCAAAAGUGAAAGAUGAAAAAAUUUCAAAAGAGUACACAGCUGGCAAUUCAACAUAUAUCGAGAACGAGCUUGACCUGCAGUUGUUAAAAAUCGCAGCUUCUAUAAAGGGUCGUACCACAGCCAAAUAUCGUAUGAAGAACAUUGAAGCGGAAUCAGCAAAAUUUAGCAUUUCAGAUAUGCAGAAACGUAUUAGUGGUGUGCGUGAAACCAGUAUCGAGAAUAUCGAUAUUUUUGAAGGUUUAAACCGGUCUGACUUUACUCAGAUCAAAAAGUUUCAGCACCUGAAACGCAUCUGA